CGUCUGUCAAAGAAGUGUAAAGAAAAAAUAUUUUGUAAAUAGUAAAAAGUUUUUUUUUUGCAAUUUCUUCCCAUUUCCUUGUGAGCAUGACUUGCAUUCAGUGAGGGAUUUCCUGGAGAGGUAUGUCCUGCAUCUAAUUCAACCACUCUGUGGGGGUAGAGCUGUGGGUAGCACCAUGAUAUCGCUCACGAGAAAAACGGAGCGUGUUUCCAAGCGGAUUUCUGUCCGAGAUCGCCUGCUGGUGAAGGAAGUCCAGGAAAUGGAGCAAACUCUCCCCAGCACAUGCAAAGUCAACUUUGGGGAUCCACAUGUUCUCAGUGAAUUCACCCUCACAAUUCUUCCGGAUGAGGGAUACUGGCAAGGAGGGAAGUUUCAAUUUACUAUUUCAGUUCCCGAGGAGUACAACAUGACGCCGCCGAAGGUGAAAUGCUUAACAAAGCUGUGGCAUCCAAAUAUCUUCGAUGGAGACAUCUGCCUCUCGCUUCUGCGACAGAAUUCAAUUGAUGGUUUAGGUUGGGCACCAACCAGGCGACUUAAGGACGUAAUCUGGGGACUCAAUUCUCUCUUUACGGACUUGCUCAAUUUCGACGAUCCCCUCAAUAUUGAGGCAGCAGAACAGUAUCUGCAGAACAAGUCAGAUUUCCAGAUGAAAGUUAAGGAAUUUGUCCAAUUGUACGCCAGAUGACUUCCAGUCUGAUACUCAAAAACAAAAAAAAAAGAUGUGCACGAGAGAAGAACGAUGUAAUGUGAAUCUCUUCCUAUUGUCAGAAAUUUCUUAACUAGGAUUGUAUUCAAAUUAAAGGAUAAUUUAGGUUUUAACAAA